GUAACUGGCACUACAAAUACCAGCAGACCCUGGAGGCCCACAUGAAGGAGAAGCACCCCGAGCCCGGCGGCUCCUGCGUUUAUUGCAAGACUGGACAGCCUCACCCCAGGCUCGCCCGGGGCGAGAGCUACACGUGUGGCUAUAAACCCUUCCGCUGCGAGGUUUGUAACUACUCGACCACUACCAAAGGCAACCUCAGCAUCCAUAUGCAGUCCGACAAGCACCUGAACAACGUCCAGAAUCUCCAGAACGGCAGCGGCGAGCAGGUGUUCGGCCACUCGGCCCCCGCCCCGAACCCCAGCCUGGGCGGCUGCGGGACACCCUCUCCUUCCAAACCCAAGCAGAAACCCACCUGGCGCUGUGAGGUGUGUGACUACGAAACCAACGUCGCGAGGAACCUCCGGAUUCAUAUGACCAGCGAAAAGCACAUGCAUAACAUGAUGCUGUUGCAGCAGAACAUGAAGCAGAUCCAGCACAACCUGCACCUGGGCCUGGCCCCGGCCGAGGCGGAGCUCUACCAGUACUACCUGGCCCAGAACAUAGGCCUGACCGGGAUGAAGCUGGAGAACCCCGCCGACCCCCAGCUGAUGAUCAGCCCCUUCCAGCUGGACCCCGCCACCGCGGCCGCCUUGGCCCCGGGACUCGUCAAUAAUGAGCUGCCGCCUGAAAUCCGGCUUGCCAGUGGUCAGCUAAUGGGUGAUGACCUGUCCCUCCUUACUGCAGGAGAGCUGUCACCUUAUAUCAGUGACCCAGCACUGAAGCUAUUCCAGUGUGCUGUGUGCAACAAAUUCACCUCUGACAGCCUGGAGGCCCUGAGCGUGCACGUGAGCAGCGAGCGCUCGCUCCCUGAAGAGGAGUGGAGGGCUGUAAUUGGAGAUAUCUACCAGUGCAAGCUCUGUAACUACAACACUCAGCUCAAAGCCAACUUCCAGCUCCACUGCAAGACUGACAAGCACAUGCAGAAGUACCAGCUGGUGGCCCACAUUAAAGAAGGGGGCAAAAGCAACGAGUGGAGGCUCAAGUGCAUCGCCAUCGGCAACCCCGUCCACCUGAAGUGUAACGCCUGUGACUACUACACCAACAGCGUGGAUAAGUUACGCUUGCACACGACCAACCACAGGCACGAGGCGGCCCUGAAGCUCUACAAGCACUUGCAGAAACAAGAGAGUGCGGUGAAUCCGGAGUCCUGCUAUUACUACUGCGCCGUGUGCGAUUACUCCACCAAGGUCAAGUUGAACCUGGUACAGCACGUCCGCUCAGUGAAGCACCAGCAGACCGAGGGCCUCCGGAAGCUCCAGCUCCACCAACAAGGCCUCGCCCCCGAGGAAGACAACCUCAGCGAGAUCUUCUUUGUGAAAGACUGCCCACCAAGUGAGCUUGAAUCUGCCUCUUUGGGAGCCAGGACUUGUGAGGAUGACCUGACGGAGCAGCAGCUGAGAGCAACCUCAGAAGAACCAAGCGAGGAGGCGGAAGGACCUAUUAAGGCUACAGCGGUCGCCGAGGAGGGUGAGAAAGACACGAAGGAGAGAGACCCCAGCGAAGGCAAAAACUCCAGCAAAGACCCCGGAAUAAUCUCACCAGAAAAGGAGCUAAAAGUCAGUGUGGCGGGGGUGACCCAGCCACUCCUGCUGGCAAAGGAAGAAGAUGUCACAGCGAAAAGAUCAAAACUUACAGAGGACAAUAAAUUCUGUCACGAACAGUUCUAUCAGUGUCCUUAUUGUAACUACAAUAGUAGGGACCAAAGUCGUAUCCAGAUGCACGUCCUGUCUCAGCACUCGGUGCAGCCGGUCAUCUGCUGUCCCCUCUGCCAGGACGUCCUCAGCAACAAGAUGCACCUGCAGCUGCACCUGACACAUCUGCACAGCGUGUCUCCAGACUGCGUGGAGAAGCUGCUGAUGACAGUGCCUGUGCCUGAUGUGAUGAUGCCAAACAGUUUGCUGCUCCCGGCAGCCGCUCCUGAGAAAUCGGAGCGGGACACACCUGCAGCCGGCACCGCUGAGGGGCCUGGGAAGUAUUCAGGUGAAAGCCCGACGGAUGACAAAAGCGUGGCAGGCCUGGACGAUCCAAAGGCCAGCGUGGAAAUAAAGAGCGAGGAGCAGAAGCCGGCCAAAGAGCCCACGGAAGUGUCCGAGUGGAACAGAAACGGCAGUAAGGACGCGAGGCUCCCCGACACCCUGCAGGACCAGCUCAGCGAGCAGCAGAAGAGGCAGCCGCCCUCGGUGUCCGACCGCCACGUGUACAAGUACCGCUGUGGCCACUGCAGCCUGGCUUUCAAGACGAUGCAGAAGCUUCAGAUCCAUUCCCAGUACCACGCCAUCCGGGCCGCCACCAUGUGCAGCCUCUGCCAGCGUAGCUUCCGCACAUUCCAGGCUUUAAAAAAACACUUGGAGGCCGGCCACCCCGAGCUGAGCGAGGCCGAGCUGCAGCAGCUCUUCGCCUCCCUGCCCCUGAACGGGGAGCUCUGGGCCGAGGGCGACGCCGCGGCCCAGGACGACCACGCCCUCGAGCAGGAGAUGGAGCGGGAGUACGAGGCGGACCCCGAGGGCAAGGCGAGUCCCGUGGGCAGCGACGGCAGCUCUAUUCCCGACGACGCGGGCUCCGAGCCGAAGCGGACCUUACCCUUCAGGAAAGGGCCAAACUUCACGAUGGAGAAGUUCCUGGAUCCGUCUCGCCCCUACAAGUGUACGGUGUGUAAAGAGUCGUUCACCCAAAAGAACAUUCUCUUGGUCCAUUAUAAUUCGGUUUCUCACCUGCAUAAGCUGAAGAAGGUGCUGCAGGAAGCCUCCAGCCCCGUCCCCCAAGAAACCAGCGGCGGCACAGAUAACAAACCCUACAAGUGCAGCAUCUGCAACGUCGCCUACAGCCAAAGCUCGACCCUGGAAAUUCACAUGCGCUCGGUGCUGCACCAGACCAAGGCCAGGGCCGCCAAGCUGGAGCCCAGCGGCCACGGGGCCGGGGGCCACGGCGCGGCCGCGAGCGUGAGCAGCCCCGGCCCAGGGAUGCUGGAGCCCAUGAGCUUAGCGGCGGUCGGCGGCAAAGACACCCACUUAGAUGCCAAAGAAUUAAAUAAAAAGCAGACCGCGGAGCUCAUCCCUGCUCCGCCGGCGCACCACGCCCCGCAGUCACCAGCCCAGAUGCAGCUGCAGCUGCAGCAGGAGCUCCAGCAGCAGGCCGCCUUCUUUCCGCCUCAGUUCCUGAACCCGGCCUUCCUGCCGCACUUCCCCGUGACCCCAGAAGCUCUGCUGCAGUUCCAGCAGCCGCAGUUCCUCUUUCCUUUCUACAUCCCCGGGACGGAGUUCGGCCUGGGGCCCGAGCUGGGCCUGCCGGGCUCCGCGGCCUUCGGGAUGCCCGGCAUGACGGGCAUGGCCGGGUCCUUGCUGGAGGACCUGAAGCAGCAGAUUCAGAGCCAGCACCACGUCGGCCAGACCCAGCUGCAGAUCCUGCAGCAGCAGGCGCAGCAGUUCCAGGCGGACCCGGCCUGCGGCGAGAAGGAGGGCGGCCACGGCGAGGACCAGCACCGCGACAAGCGCCUGCGGACCACCAUCACGCCCGAGCAGCUGGAGGUCCUCUAUGAGAAGUACCUGCUGGACUCCAACCCCACCCGCAAGAUGCUCGACCACAUCGCGCGCGAAGUGGGGCUGAAGAAGAGGGUGGUGCAGGUCUGGUUCCAGAACACGCGCGCCCGGGAGCGGAAGGGCCAGUUCCGGGCCGUGGGCCCCGCGCAGUCCCACAAGCGCUGCCCCUUCUGCCGCGCGCUCUUCAAGGCCAAGUCGGCGCUGGAGAGCCACGUGCGCGCGCGCCACUGGAGCGAGGGCAAGCAGGCGGGGUACAGCCUGCCCCCCAGCCCCCUGCUCGCCGCGGAGGACGGCGGCGACAGCCCGCAGAAGUACAUCUACUUCGAUUACCCGUCGUUGCCGUUGACAAAGAUCGACCUCUCGAGCGAGAACGAACUGGCUUCGACGGUGUCCACGCCCGUGAGCCGAGGNGACGCGCCGGCUUCCAGGGAGGCCGAGGAGAGCGCGGAAAAGCAAGAGAAACCAAAGCAAGAAUGUACAGGCGACGCCCAAGGCCUCAAAGAAGGCAGAGACUCCAAGAAGCCCAAGCCCUGCGAGCCGUCCGUCCCGCCGCCCCGAAUAGCCUCCGGGGCCAGGGGCAACGCGGCCAAAGCGCUGCUGGAGAACUUCGGGUUCGAGCUGGUCAUUCAGUACAACGAAAACCGGCAGAAGGUGCAGAAGAAAGGCCGGGGCGGGGACGGGGAGAGCGCGGAGAAGCUGGAGUGCGGCACGUGCGGGAAGCUCUUCUCCAACGUGCUCAUUCUGAAGAGCCACCAGGAGCACGUGCACGGGCAGUUCUUCCCCUCCCGGGCUCUGGAGAGGUUCGCGCGCCAGUACCGCGAGGCCUACGACAAGCUUUACCCCAUUUCCCCGCCCUCGNCGUCCAUCAUGAUGCAGCCGGUGCAGCACCCGGCGCUGCCCCCCCAGCUGGCCCUGCAGCUGCCGCAGAUGGACGCGCUGUCCGCCGACCUGACGCAGCUGUGCCAGCAGCAGCUGGGCCUGGACCCCGCCUUCCUGAGGCACUCUCAGUUCAAGCGCCCCCGGACCAGGAUCACGGACGACCAGCUGAAGAUCCUGCGGGCUUACUUCGACAUCAACAACUCCCCCGGCGAGGAGCAGAUCCAGGAGAUGGCGGAGAAGUCGGGGCUGUCGCAGAAGGUCAUCAAGCACUGGUUCCGCAACACGCUUUUCAAGGAGCGGCAGAGAAACAAGGACUCGCCCUACAACUUCAGCAACCCGCCCAUCACGGUGCUGGAAGACCUGCGCCUCGACCCGCAGCCCUCCCCGCUGGAGCACUACAAAGCCGACGCGUCCUUCAGCAAGAGGUCGUCCCGCACGCGGUUCACCGACUACCAGCUGCGGGUCCUGCAGGACUUCUUCGACACCAACGCGUACCCCAAAGACGACGAGAUAGAGCAGCUGUCCACCGUGCUCAACCUGCCCACGCGCGUGAUCGUGGUGUGGUUCCAGAACGCGCGGCAGAAGGCGCGCAAGAGCUACGAGAACCAGGCGGAGGCCAAGGACGCGGAGAAGCGGGAGCUGACCAACGAGCGGUACAUCCGCACCAGCACCAUGCAGUACCAGUGCAAGAAGUGCUCCGUCGUGUUCCCCCGCAUCUUCGACCUGAUCACGCACCAGAAGAAGCAGUGCUACAAGGACGAGGACGAUGACGCGCAGGACGAGAGCCAAACCGAGGACUCCCUGGACGCCACCGACCAGGCGCUCUACAAGCAGUGCGCGCCGUCGGGCCCCGCGGACGCCGCCAAGGGCGCCGCCGCCGCGGGCUCUGGCUCCGGGACAAGCACCCCUCUGAUUCCGUCCCCGAAACCGGAGCCCGAGAAGACGUCUCCCAAACCUGACUAUCCCACGGAAAAGCCAAAGCAGAGCGACCCCUCGCCCCCUUCUCUGGGCAGCAAGCCAGCCGCGCCCUCAGCACCCAGCUCCUCCUCGGACCCCCCGCAGGCCUCGGCCGCGCAGCCCCAGCCCCUCAAACAGCCCCCGCUGCUUGGGAGACCGCCCUCGGCCUCCCAGACGCCCGUCCCGUCCAGCCCCCUGCAGAUCUCCAUGCCUCCUCUCCAGAACAGUCUACCUCCACAGCUACUCCAAUACCAAUGUGAUCAGUGUACCGUGGCCUUCCCGAGCCCCGAGCUCUGGCAGGAGCACCAGCACAUGCAUUUCCUCGCUGCUCAGAACCAGUUCCUGCACUCUCCCUUCCUGGAGAGGCCCCUGGACAUGCCCUACAUGAUCUUCGACCCCAACAACCCCCUGAUGACGGGGCAGCUGCUGAGCGGGUCCCUGGCGCAGCUGCCGCCGCAGGCCGGGUACGACCAGGGCAAGGCCGACCUGGACGAGACGUCGUCGGUCAACACGGCCAUCAGCGACGCCACCACGGGCGACGAGGGCCCCGCCGACGGGGAGGGCGCCCUGGGCGGCCCCGCCGACGGGAAGCCGGCGCUGUCCCCCAAGGAGCCCAAGGCCCUGGACGCGUUGCCCAAGGCAGCCACCACGCCCACCGCCGAGGUCUGCGAGGAGAAAUUCCUCUUCUCGCUCACCAGCCCCUCCAUCCACUUCGGCGACAAAGACGGUGACCACGACCAAAGCUUCUACAUCACGGACGACGCCGACGACAACGCCGACCGCAGCGAAACGUCCAGCAUCGCCGACCCCAGCUCCCCCAAUCCUUUCGGGUCCAGCAACCCUUUCAAGUCCAAAAGCAACGAUCGGCCGGGCCACAAGCGGUUCCGAACCCAGAUGAGCAACCUGCAGCUGAAGGUCCUGAAGGCGUGCUUCGGGGACUACCGGACCCCCACCAUGCAGGAGUGCGAGAUGCUGGGCAGCGAGAUCGGCCUGCCCAAGCGCGUGGUCCAGGUGUGGUUCCAGAAUGCCCGCGCCAAGGAAAAGAAGUUCAAGAUCAACAUCGGGAAGCCUUUCAUGAUCAACCAGGGGGGCGCAGAAGGCGCCAAACCGGAGUGCAGCCUGUGCGGGGUCAAGUAUUCUGCCCGCCUGUCCAUCAGAGACCAUAUUUUCUCCAAACAGCACAUUGCGAAAGUGAGGGAGACCGUGGGGAGCCAGCUUGACAGGGAGAAAGAUUACCUGGCCCCGACCACCGUGCGGCAGCUGAUGGCCCAGCAAGAACUUGACCGGAUCAAGAAAGCUUCAGAUGUGCUGGGCUUGGCGGUGCAGCAGCCCAGCGUGGUGGACAGCGGCCCCCUCCACGGCAUCAGCCUUCCAGCAGCCUACCCGGGCCUCCCCGGCCUGCCUCCGGUUCUCCUCCCUGGGAUGAACGGCCCAUCUUCCUUGCCCGGGUUCCCACAGAACUCAAACACUCUCACGCCUCCCGGUGCGGGCAUGCUUGGGUUUCCCACUUCAGCUACUUCGUCUCCUGCCCUGUCUCUCAGCAGUGCCCCCACCAAACCUUUGCUGCAGACUCUCCCACCUCCACCACCUCCGCCUCCAUCCUCUGGGUCAGGACAGCAGACCGAGCCGCAGAACAAAGAAUCGGAGAAAAAGCAAAGUAAGCCAAACAAGGUAAAAAAAAUCAAAGAGGAGGAAUUAGAGGCCACCAAACCCGAAAAACACCCCAAAAAAGAGGAAAAGAUCUCAUCUGCUCUUUCCGUGCUGGGCAAAGUCGUAGGCGAGACGCACGUGGAUCCGACGCAGCUGCAGGCCCUGCAGAGCGCGAUCGCCGGCGACCCGGCCUCCUUCCUGGGCGGGCAGUUCCUGCCCUACUUCAUCCCCGGCUUCGCCUCCUACUUCACGCCGCAGCUGCCGGGCGCGGUGCAGGGGGCCUACCUGCCGCCCGUGUGCGGCAUGGAGAGCCUGUUCCCCUACGGGCCGGCCGUGCCGCAGGGCCUGGCGGGCCUGGCCCCGGGCGCGCUGCUCUCGCAGUACCAGCAGAGCCUGCAGGACUCCCUGCAGAAGCAGCAGAAGCAGCAGCAAGACCCGC